AUGCAACACAGGAUAAAUAGUGGAUGGAUGAAGUGGAGGAAACUGAGCAGAGUACUGUGUGAUAAGAAGAUAUACUUCAUAAAACUCGACCCCGGCGAGAAGCUGCUAACAGACAAUCCGUCGUGGGCGCCCGACAAGGAGCCAGAACCAUCUCCAAUGGACCCGUGGCUGAGUUACAUGGUGCCUGUCGUGCAGCAGAAGCCAAAAGAAGAACCAGAGGCACACAGCACGCCUCAGCCGUCGCCAGUUACGGAAGCAUCUCCCAGCAGCGUGUCAGCACCCAAGUCGGCCGAUGAGGAUCGGCCCGGCGGCCUGUCGGAGCAGGUGUACACGCGAUACCAGCCGUCUACGGAGUGGCCUCCCGCUGCGGUUGAGUCGGUACUGCGACACAGCAUGGAGCCGGCGAAGCCCAAACCACCAGCAGAAUCGCCGCCCAAGGGGCAGACACGGCCGUCUCGUGGCGAACGUCCUUCAGCCAGCAGCCGCAAAUCAAAAGAGGCUGCUCCACCAUCUCCGCUGCAAGCUGAGGUCAGCGACAUUCGUCGAGCACGGCUCCCUCCAAUCAAGUCCAAAUCGGAGAUGAAGAAGGCCAAGUCUCGAGCAGGAUCUCCGGCAUCGAUGGAAAUCCCUCGCCCACCUGUGUUGCCGCUCUCAGCUCUGCCACCGUCAAGAUGUCUAGAUCAACUCAACAAUUUGAACCCCAUCAACUCCAUAGGUAGCUCCUAA